GUUGAAAGCAUUUUAACACCCUGUUCAGUAAUGUUCAGUGGUGUUGUGCGUUGUUUAGCGACGUUGAAUGGAAUUUGAACAAACUCAAAAAUGUUCAGCCGGUCAGCUCAACAUUUCCAUUGUCAAAGGUUUGCGCGUCAAAGAAGGAAAUCGAUCCUGACCCUCAUCAGGCAGCUACUGUUAAAUGAAAAGAGUGUACGAAAUCCAUCUUAUCCAUUUUCCUAAAUACCCUACCAAAAUACCGGGUUGCCUUGUCUUGGAUCACGGAGAGUCCGAAGUUCAUCGCUCGACAACACCCCCACUCAAAAUAACUAAACAUCGCUAUACAAAUGUUGAGCGAUGUUCAAUACACAAAACAAUGACAAUUUACGAACAUCGUAAGAUUACUCACAAAACGGGACAAAGGAAUUGAAAGUUAAAAGCUCCUGUUUGCAAACGCGUUUUUUUGAAAAAUCUUGACCCAAUGCCGGAUGAUGAUGCAGAAAAAAGUGCAGCCACUUCGCUAGAAACUGCAGGUACAAGUUGCAUUUCAAAUUUACCCUUUGUACAAAUCUUUUGUCGUAGUGACAAGCAGUAUUUCUAAGCACCAACUUUUUAUUGGUGAAUAGCAAGUUUUCCAAGCUGACAAUCCAAAUGCAUUCGAACAUUGUCUAUAAUAGUUUUUCGAGCAGGACCACAUCAAAAUCGCAGCACAACCAAGGUUUCUACCAUCGACAUUAAUCGCUUGCAUCAACAAUAAAAAAUUCCAGACCUGCUAAAUACUAAACAUAUUGACAAGCAUCCUUUGUGGCUGUUUAAUUAAACUUGUGACAACUGCAAAAAUGGGUUCUACAGUACCACAGGAGACAAAGGUCUUGUAUCGGAGGAAAGCUAGGGUUGCUAAUUGCGAUAGUCUAGCGUCGCGUUGAAUUGACGUCUCUUUUUCGUUGCAAACAUGUAAAAGAAUUUUACAUCUUGCAUUAGGAUUACACAUAGAUGGGAUUACAUCAGGAUUAAUUCAAGGAUUCAAUCAGAUUCAAGGAAUGAUAACAUCUUACUGUCGUAGUAUUUAAGUAGUUCAUUUCGAUCGGUCUUGUUAUAAUUAAGUCAGUGAUCGAAUUCUGAAUAUUGAAUAGAUCCGUUUUUAGAAGUAAAUUCAUCCUUAAAACGUCAACCAGAAACACUACAGAUGCCACCUUUUCAUUCUACCUUCAUUUUGCCAUAAUUACUAGAAAACCGGGAUCUUCAUAUUAAAUCUUGCAAAUUGUUCAUACUCUUAUGAAUAAUUUAUGAAAGCAAGGCAAAAUACUGCGAUCCUAUUGAGAUCCAUUGUUGGUAACACAAUGAAAACGAUAGAAAGGACAGCCAUCGAUAACAAACGAAGUCUCUUUGCUUGAUAAAAAGCACUUUGAUAGACAAGGACCGAGUGUCAGAAAAUGACUGACAAUUGGCACGAGAAGGCAUUGCCCGCAGUGAAAAUUUGUUUAAAGUGAUAACCACCUGAAAUUAAUCGAAGCACUAACGAAACAAUUCAGCAAGAAGAUUGUCAAAAAAUGAAUGAAAAGUUACAUGGUUUGCACUAAACUGAUGUGGAGUUAACGUCUGGACAAAGACAAUUUUGCCGGAAUUCUGAAGUGGCGAUAUUUUGAGAUGGCAGAUCCAUGCUUUCCAGGGUCAGACGCACCAUACCAACUUGCGUAUUUUACGUCAAGCGUUUCGGCAAUGCUGACUAUUCUAAUUACGACAGGUAACUUCUUGAUUAUUUUUGCCAUUGCAAAAGAUCCAUUGAAGAAACUUCGAAACCCGUUCGCAUUUUUUCUUGCAAAUGCGGCUGCAAGCGAUUUAAUGGUUGGAGUUGUAGCGAUGCCUGUUUCCACAGUUUUCCACUACAUGGAAGCAAAGCGAAGCAUAAACAGAACCCUGGUUUACAUUCUGCAUUUAACUUACUUUGUAUCAGCAUCAGCAAGUUUGUUCAGCAUGGCAGCAAUGACUAUUGACCGAUAUUACGCGCUCAUGUCGCUAUCAUCGAAACGUCGAAACCUAUCUCGACGAAAAUGCAUCAUCAUUUCAGCGUUGAUUUGGAUAACAGCAGUGAGUUUUUCUGGUUUUUACUUCCUUCUUGGCUUUGUCACACUGCUUCUCGUCUAUGUGAACAUUUCACUGUGUACCGUCUUCGGCAUGACUCUCGUUACCUACUUAAAGGUUAUACGACGGAUGCAUCACCUUACAUCGACGCUGCAGGAUCCAAAUGGUACUGCGGUGAAUAGUGAGGAAAGGCAAGACAAUAUGGCAUCGCCAAGUAAAGGCAAUCUUAACCGCGAGCAAAAGGUUACGACUGUUUUCAUGUCUAUCAUGAUUGCAUUUAUUAGUAUUUACACUCCAGCAAUGAUCUUUAUUUAUAUACUGCAAUUUUGCUUUGCGUGUAGCUGCAACACGAGGCAUAUAUUUCGUGACUUGGCGUUUCUUUUCGUCACAUUCUGCAGUGCCACCAACCCAUUAAUAUGUUUGGUCAGAUUUCGUGUGAUAAAGAAAUCUGCGAUAAUCUUGUUGAAAUGUUGGAAAAGAUCGGCAAAAACAGAUGGCUCGUUAGACGGCGAAGAUCACACCUCGCUACAAACAAUGACACCGGACGUUGGGAGAAGAAGGGUGGUUGGAAGCCCUUUUGUGAUUACUACGUGAACGAACGGCAACUCAAAAUCCAACUAAAACAGUUUAUUCAAGCAAGAGGACCCAAAACUGAUUCCUUGGUUUUAUGACACUUCACACUAAUUCAUAUCAUUACUUCGCAAUGUGUGAUCUUGCUAACAAAAACCACCAGGAAAUUUCUCUUGAAGGUAGCUGCUGAGGUCUAAAUGGCCACCAGAGUACCAAACAUUGUUUAUUGCGAGUAAACAAAUCUGUCUUCUCUACCUAUGAGGAUCAAAUGGUCUGCAAAUAUGCUAUCGAAAAUGCUAUCGAUCAGAAUACUGCCCCUUUUAGCAUGCAUCACGCAUUAGCAUGUCUUGUUACGGGCACGAAGCAGAAAGAAAACCUAAAAAUUCAAACUGGAGUCGCAACAGCACUUACGCAGUUGCAUCUUCUCCAACAUCAUUUUUAGACACAAAGAGGAAACACAACACUACAGUCAAAAACUCUUGUUCGAAAGCAAAAUCAAAGGCAGAAAGCCUGCUGGAGGGUGGUGUUUGGCCGGAAGAUAACUAUCUUUAUACCUACUGGAAAUAGUUUAACCAUGCACAAACGACUGCACAAAAUUAACAAUGCUAGGAAAAGAUAGCAGUGUAUUUGCCGAUUGCAGCGAUAGAUAUAGAAAGAGAACAAGGAUCCUAAAGGUUGAAACAAAAUCACACAAUAUCUAACAUUGAGAUAGGUAGAACAGAAGUUGCGAUGUCUUAUCAACUUUAAGCGUUCCUAACUCACGCACAAAAAAAUGUAUCUGAAUUUCAGCAAUUCGGAAGUCUUUGUUGCUAUUUAAAAAUGAAGAUUGUAAUUCUUUUGCUGGAAUAUGGCAAGCAAUGAUAUCAUUUAUUCAGCACUAUAUCUUUUGAAAAUGAAUUUCAUUCACGUGAUAAAAGAUUGAUUAAUAUUUCAUCAAUUAUUGAAAGAUAACAUUCCCCGAGCAAAUUGUUUUCCAACAGAGCAUUCAAUUGUUUUCCAACAGAGCAUUUACUUUCUAAAAAGCAAUAGAUUUUUUCUGAACCAAAACGUUGAUAUCCAAUGGUGAUUAAUGGUGAAUAGCCAUAUGUUAAUAACAACAGAGAUACCGUCAGUCUAUGAAUUGCCAUUUCAUUUUAGGCUUCACAACUAACAGCAUCUAUUAUUUUCGCAAGAGACGGCAUUUGGCUAGCAGAGGCUUUAACACCUCCACUUUUUCAAAGAAAAUUUACCAGUUUUUCACAAUCUUUGAAAAAUUUCUAAGAGCAGGUACGAUUGCAAAAUAUUUCAUAGUAAAUCAAAACAGACAUCUCUUUUGCUGUUUAUUUUAAGUUUUUCAUCUUGCUCAGCGAAGGUUUAGUUGUGUAGCCUGGCAAACUUGGCUGUCACAUAAAUCUUCAUAUCACGUUUUUUAAUGCCUAAUAACCGCCAUUAUAAUUAUUUUUCUCUCCAAAGGUAUUGAAAUUUUUUCUGAAUGUAUGACUAAGAACCGACAGUAAGAUCUUUCGAAAGAGACGUUUUUACGCUGUUCCAAAGGUCGCGGUUUCAAAAAAAUAUUUCCACAGGGAUGCAAAUUUCUCAAAGUAUGAUGAACAGGGUCAAAAUCUAGAAAAACAAAUGCCUAGAUGCUGAGGGCCCAACCUAAACGCGCUUAAGCACGCAGUGAAUACGAAGGUUAGAUAAUAAUGAAAAUAUUACGUCACGCUAAUGCAUUGAGUACUUAACAUGUGAUGCCACGCCAAUGCAAUUACACACAAAUUUUAAAAGAAAUACGCCAAAAUUGUAUGUAGGUACCGCUGUUGUUCGCUAAAGCUCUUAAAUUUUUCCAGAGGUAUGACUGUGUUAAAAAACGCAACGGUGACAAUGGUUUCCGCAAGUCUCUCUUUCUAAACUGUAGAUUCCAAUGCUUAUUAAAACUAAAACACAAAUAACUUUUUAAAAACAAAAACAAAAAAUUGGUACCUCAUAUUCUUUGAGAAAUUCAAGAGCAACAUUGAUGUUGUUCAGCUUGUGCAGGCGAAGUUUCCCAUGAACUCUUUGCUGCAAAUUUGAAAUAUGACCGCUGCUUUAACAGCAAUAUAUACAUUGUGAUUUUAAGAUAUUCUUUGCAUUAUUAUCAUAUGAAAUUGAUAGUUUUUCAUUCUAUGAUCGAGGUUUUUAACACAAUUUCAAAAAAGCGAGAGGAUUUUUCAGAAAAACAGGGCUUCCAAGGAAUUUUUUGUAAAGAUUUUUGUAGAGUGGUAUGCUCUUCGGAUGAGACAUUAAAUGGUAGAUUCAGUGAGAAUGUGACGGAGGAUAUAAUAUUCAAAAUGUCCCUUGAGAAUUCUUCUGAUUUACAGAAGAGUAUUCGUCUUUUCAUUUUGGAUAUGAAUUUCUACCGGAAAGUGAAAACCAUUUAGUUAAGUGCUCUGUUCGAAGCUUCGCGUGGUGGUCUAAACCAAGAAAAACACAAAAUUGCACCCUUGUUCCACACAUCAAUGACGGUUAUUUCAAAGAACAAAAAUUAUAAUGCCAAUUGAUUUCAAAUAAGAAGCAUAUACCGUUUUUCUGCCAGUUAGGAUUUCCAACAAUUUUAGAAGGUUGUUGCCAUCUCUAAAGUCGACGAAAAGAUCUUUGAUAACUGUGGUAUCGUUUUCCUAUGAAUAAAAAUCAAUCUUAUAAAUAUAUAUUCUUUGAGGCUGAUUUUAAUUUGAUAAAAUCUAAAACCUUGCAAUUAAGAGACAGGGAUUAAAAGAGGUAUUUUUUAGGAAAAUGAAAUAUCUUGUGCUUCAUCAAAAUAGAUGAAAAUCAGAGAAGUAAAAAAUUCUAAGACUCCUUGACUUUUUAUAAUCUAUCUUUCUAUGAAUCCUAUACUGGCAAAUUAAAGAUGAAAAUCUGGUCCAAUGAAUUCCGAUGUUUUAUUUAAUAUAUCCGGUACAAAAAAUUCCAAUAUGUUCAUUAUCAUCGGUACAAAACUUGCAUAUACCAAACAGGGUACUGACUUUAAUGAUUAAAACGUGGUUAUUUGAGAAAAUGUUUGACAUUUGUAUAUGUGCAUCGACUAAAAAAGUAGCGUCAGAUGGAGCGAGCUACUUUAUUUCCUUUUAUCCUAAACUAUUUCCUUACAAAAAACUGCAAGUGAAAGAAAUUCAUCGCCACAAAUAAGAACAAAUGUAGUUUCCUUUUACCUGUGAGUACUUGGAGUUGACCCAUCUUGUGAAAGCCUUUUUCUGGGUUUCCUGGCGCUUUUCUAAAAAAGAACAUUGAAAUAUCUCUGAAACAACACGAUGUUAAAUCUAAUUCAAAUAACGGCCUAACGACUUUCUUUCAUUGUUGCUCCCCUACCUUCGUCCCUCUUUCGCUUCUUUUUUAACGUAAAGUGGUUGUUUCGCCUGGAACUCAUAUUUUCUCCACUGCAAACUGGCUAAAGCAUUCGAGAACACUGCUAUUGCAAGAAUUGAGAAAUAAAUCAGGCAUAUACCUGCUCAGCCUUUAAGGCAAGGCAGUUGAAAACCUUCCUUGUUGGAAAAGAUGCUUCCUCAAAUGAUAUUAUAUGGCCGUAAAUAGUCCUGUUCUUAAGUGGGGGAAGGGGUCUCAAAAGUUAUAAAAAUCCUUUGAUUCAAGCAAGUUGUCGCUUUUCUCUUCUUGUCCACAGACAAUGGUAUCCCCUACCCCAUAUUUCUAUCCUUUCUUCCAAAGAUAAUAGCAGUCUCUUCGUUUCUACAGCACUAAUCAAUCAGGGACGAUGGCUGGUUUUAUUUAACAAACAAAUAAUUGUAAUAUAGAGAUCAUUGUAAAAGAUUCUUUAUAGUCAUAUUUCAGGGUAUUAGUUACAGGCAAGCCCCAGUUACGCCCGCUACGCGGGCAUGCUGCAGCCCCUUCAUCCACGAGGGUAAAUUUCCCUCAGCAAAGACAAGAAUUCUGUUAAAACUCCAAAUGAAUAAUAGUAAAAUUAGCUUUGGUAAAGACAAGAAUUCUGUCGAAGCCCCCAAUGAAUUAUAGGAAAGUUAGCCUUGAGUAAGACAAGAAAAGACAAAAAACGUCUAGCCUCUACUGUAUGUCAAAAUGAAUGGACACGCCCCGUAGGAGUCACGUGAUAAAAAGCAGCUUGCUCUGCUAGAAAAUUUUGGUAAAAAAUCUCACUCGCACCCCUGUGACUAUCGCUAGUCAGGGGGUGGCCUGAAAGGAAAAGGGGAAGAGGCUCCCCCCAUCCUAGCUAUAGUCACAGGAGUGUGAGUGAAAUUUUAUCCUACUCGAUUUGGUUCUGUUUUUCGUUAUAUCCUGUGUAUCUAUUUGAUUUCCAUGCACGUAGUUCAAGCAUUACAUACGAUCGAUAUCUAGCUCAGAUGCUUCUAAAAUGGCCCAUAUUAGAAAUAAAUCACCAAAAAAUGCAAAAUAUUCCCGUGCUUCGCCCCGAGCCCCAUUAGGGAGGGGGGCUUACAGCGCCCACUCAAACCCCCCCUCGCUGUCUUGGAACUCGCUUCGCAAUUUUUAUUUUCACCGAUGAAACGAUUUUCCCUUUUUUCGACUACUGUUUACGAUUUCAUACUUUUUCGAAAACCAAGUGAUCGGAAUUUCUUAGGCUUGUUGGAUGGCAUCCCUGACCUAGCCAUUGAUAAAUCGAUUACAUUGCUGUUCCUAACCAUUGAUAAAUCGAUUACAUUGCUGUUCCUUGGAGAUAGAAUGAACCUUUUCCCAAAAUUGCACACAAGAGAAAAAAUUGUCGAGAAGUGACGGGAGGUUCCGAAAUUCUCCAGAAUAAAAUCUUUCAAUGCUGGGUUGCUCAUUCACAGGAACAGGUUCCUAACAACUUCAUCUUGCAUUGGGGAUUGAGUUCUAAUUCUGAAAGAUUUCUAAAGCCGGACGUUGCUUGAUUUCGGAAAUAGGUACUAGUGGUUUUGUUUCUAACUUCGCUCGAAAUUACUCCGGAUUCUUAUUAAUAUCAGUAAUAUCUACGUGUUCCUACAGAACACACCGCAAAACCGUCCUACCAACUACAUCUACAUACCAACCCAGAUUGUUUGGCGCUGUCGAUACGAUACCUUGGUC